AGAGAGAGGGAUAGGGACUGGGAGCGAUGGAGAGAAGAGAGGUAGUGAGAAAAGCAGAGCAGCUAGUGGAAGCGGCGAUGAAAGGGAACGACGCAUCGCACGACGCAGCUCACGUGUUUAGGGUUAGAGAUAUGGCGCUCUCUCUCGCCCUUGAAGAAGGUCUCUCUUCUUCCUCCGAUUCAAUGGAGAUCGUUGAGCUUGCUGCACUUCUCCAUGACAUAGGAGACUACAAAUAUGUCAGAGAUCCAUCUGAGGAGAAAAUUGUUGAGAACUUUCUUGAGGAGGAAGGCAUAGAGGAGAGCAAGAGGAUGAAAAUAUUAAGCAUCAUAAAGGCAAUGGGUUUCAAAGAGGAACUUGCAGGGUUUGCUAAUGGUGAAUAUCCUCCAGAGUUUGGGGUUGUACAAGAUGCUGAUCGCCUUGAUGCAAUUGGUGCAAUUGGAAUAGCCCGUUGCUUUACUUUUGGUGGAAGUAGAAAAAGAGUGCUUCAUGAUCCUGCCAUUAAGCCGCGGUCAGAUUUAUCCAAGGAACAAUACAUGAAGAAAGAAGAGCAGACAACAGUGAAUCAUUUCCAUGAGAAGCUUCUCAAGCUUAAGGAUUUAAUGAAAACUAAGGCUGGGCAGAGGAGAGCAGAGAAGAGGCACAAUUUCAUGGAGGAAUUCUUGAAGGAGUUUUAUGAAGAGUGGGAUGGAAGAGCUUGAAUAAGUGUUGAAAUGCAGAUCCUUCAACCACCUAGUUACUACCCCACUUGAGGCUGCUGCCUAUUGCUCUCCUUCUGUUUGAGUAGAGAAAUGUAUUAUUUACAAACUACAUCCCUACCUGUGGUAAACAAAAUGUACCUUUUCUUGGGGGUUUCCCACAAGAUUGAUCAACUGCUGCAACACAAAACAUAGAUAUAUACUCCAUGUAUUUUCUUGUUGUACUUGCAUUAAUUGCUUGUUAUUUUCCAUGUUUAGUGGUUCGUGUUAUACACUUAUACUUUUUUUUUUUUC